AUCAAACUCUAUAUUUAGGAAGAACAACUGUGAGCUAUGACAGGAAUUCUCUUUAACACUUAGCCUUAAACUGAGUUCCCCUCCAGCCCCAAGCUGAGAGCAGCUCUCAAUACCGGGUGAGGCACGGAACACUUGAGCUAUUUCAGCCCUAGCAAAAGCAUCGGAAUUGAGAUCACAGCUCAGAAGACACCAGGAGCCCCUUCCGCCUCCUGAGGAGACGUGCACUCUCGCACCUGGCUGCCUGGGACUUUCCUUAGGCAGUAAACAAGUCCAUAAGCAGGGAUAAGGCCGCGUGAAUAUGUCGAAACAGCCAGUUUCCAAUGUCAGAGCCAUCCAGGCAAAUAUCAAUAUACCCAUGGGAGCCUUCCGGCCAGGAGCUGGGCAGCCCCCUAGAAGAAAAGAAUGCACUCCGGAAAUGGAGGAGGGCGCUCCUCCUGCCUCAGAUGAGGAGAAGAAGCCGAUUCCAGGAGCAAAGAAGCUUCCAGGACCUGCAGUCAACCUGUCAGAGAUCCAGAAUAUUAAAAGUGAACUGAAAUAUGUCCCCAGAGCUGAACAGUAAUUGGCAGAAAAUAGGCUUGAUGUGAAGGAUUGAAGAGGAAAAGAAUGGAUUCAAAUGAAAAUAAUAGCUCACUAAAAAUUUUUAUAUAUUUGUAUGAAGAUUAUGAACCUACUGAAUGUUGAACGCCUGAGACUAGCAGAAAGAUCUGUUUGUACAUUUCUGUCUCUUCCUUCUAGUUGGUUUCAUUUCUUACUCUAAUUGAUCCUCAUGUUUGGCACCUUGCAGAGCAAAUCAGCUCGAGAAUUCACCAGUUGGAAGGCUUGCUGUGGAGGAGGGAUAUGAGUGUGUGGAGACUGAGAUGGCAAAUAUGUAUAACAACGGUUUGAUGGAAUGUUCUCUAAGCUUCUUCCCACACUAUUUUGGUCAAUAUUUGAAAUGUAUUUUAGUUCUUCACCUUCUAACUUAUGUCAAUAAA